GUGUCUGCAGAAAAUUCAGACUAUUGACAGGAAUUCUUCAUGUCAAUCGCUGUACAAUAAAAUUAGAUAUCAUGGCCUCAUUGAUCUAAAUUGUUUAUUUUCUUCACAGUAACAAUGUUUUAUCAGAUUGCUUGUUUCGAGGCGCUGAGUUCACUGUCUACCUCUUUUCAAAAUUUUUAUCCAAAAUGAAAAUACCGAUGUUUGGCGGACUUCACAAAUUCCAUUCGUAUUCCUAUCUGCUUACGCAAUCAUCAUUAUUCUCCCUAAGACUUCCAAAAUAUUCAAGCUUGCAAACUCGUUUGUUACAUUCGGGACACAAAACAGAAUUAUUUGGUGAUAAAAAUGAAUCUUGGGUACCCAUAUAUCGUUUCCGUUCCAUAAUUUUCCUCCAGGCGAUCUCACAACUUAAAAUUAUAUUAACUGGCUCAUUAAUUUCUGGCUGUCCAGUAGCUAUAUACAAAUACCUACAUGAUCAAGUUUCUUCCUCAUUAGUCUAUACAUUUCUGGGUUGUGCCGCGUUUUCCCUGUGCAGUCUGAUUAUUUUCAGUUGGCUCAGCAUAAAAAUUGUGGGAGUCGUUAGUAUUCACAGAGAGUCUGGUCUAGUACGCAUCGGACAUUUAACAUUUUGGGGAAAACGUCAAAAUACAAUUUUGAAUUCAGGUCAAAUAGUCCCACCAUCGGAUCUUAACGAAACACCGGAAAAAAAAAUUUAUGUUCGUAUUGGGAUAAUUAAUGCAAAUCCCAAUUCCACAAAACCUUUGGGAAUUGGACGAACCUUUCUUCUAACUAGAGGGAGAUCGGAAAUAUUAGACAGAGAAAAAUUCAAGCAGAUUUUCGGAUUUAUAUGAGUUUUAAGUGUUAUCAUCUUAAUGUAUAACAUAUCUCCACACCACGCUUUACAAAUGGAGCACGAUGAUACACUAUUGUAACUGCGGUCAUCGUAAAAUAAGAAAAUAAACUGAUUUAUAAACAUCUUUUAUACUUUCCACUGCUGAUCCUGGUUAGUGAAUUAAGUGAUUCGACGUUAAAUUCUGGCUCAGAAAUAGUUUAAAAUAUUACUGACAUUGAUGGAUGGUAAUGAGAAAUUGAUCCUAAAGAAUCAUUACGGAUUUAGAAGACAACUAACUGUUACUACUCAGUUCGAUUGCUAUUGCAUCGAAUUUAUUUAAUAAUAUGAUUUCUUUCUGUGAGUCUCUGGUACUCAGAGAUCAUUUCUCACAAUAUAUUUUUUGUAGACAAGUUAAUCUUGGCAGAAAAGUUUAUUUUAUACUUCCUACUGCUGGUUUUGUGGAAGUCAGCAUCUCUAAACUCCCGCGAAUCGGGCAAAAAAGUUAAACUUAUAACGUCCAGUUAAUAAAUGAAUAAUUAAGAACGAAAAGUCAUAAAAUGACGACUAAUUACC